GAAAAUAACAUUAUUUUUUAUUUAUGUUCAAAUACUCGAUUUGUUAAUAAAAUAUGUGAUGGAAAAAUAAAACGUACAGAAAAAUUUUAAUUUCAUCUUUCAUGGGCUUUUGAAUUGAUGAUGAGGGCAAAUUACUGUUCGUGAGUUAAAUGGCGCCGAUAACAAUUCCUACCACGACAGUUGCAACAUCAUCUCAACUUGAUACUCCAGUUAUUAUUAUCAUCUGUGUCUUUGCAUAUCUCGCAUUUUUUAUUGUUGCAAUAUUUAUUCGACAGUGUAUUGUGCAGGAUAACUAUAAAGAAGAAUACUCCGAUUGUGUAAGGUGUUUAUGUUGUGUUGGUUAUACAGAGGAGAAUUGUUGGUUGUCAGUCAACGGUUGUUUUCAGCCUUUAGAUCCUGUUUGCUGUUUUUGCCAAAUUUGCUGUUUUAAAGAUAAAGAUCCAGAGUCUCGUGGAUUUUGUGCGGAGUGUAACGUUUGUGGGAAAGCAGAAGACACAAACAAUUGCUGUGACUGUUGUUUGUCAUUUGCACAAGCUUGCAAUUGUAGUGUACCAGGUGCAACCACUUGUUGUGAUAGCAUCUGUGGACCUAGAAAACAUUGCGACAUUGGAGAUUGUCUGACGUGUGGACUUUGUGAGCAGAGUGAUAAUUCUUGCUGUGCAGAUACCGGUAGCUCCUGUUCUGGUAUAUCCUGUGGAUGUUGUGAUUGUCCUGCGAUACAGUGUGAGAAACCAGAGUGCAGUGAAAUUCACUGUCUUUGCUGCACAAUAAGCUGUCGAGACGGGGAAGCAACAACACAAGGACAGCAACAGUAUCCGUAUCCUCCUGAUCCAAACUCACCGUAUCCUAAUUAUCCCUACCCCUCAGGACCAAUACCAACCAGAAGUGGGGAAUCAUAUCCUUACUCUGGUUCCAGUCCUUUAGGUCCAUACUCAAUAACCAGGCCUUCAUCACGAACUCCUGGAUACUCCAGCCCAGACCCAAGAGCAGGAGGACGUUUUCAAUACCCACCAUCAGAAUAUCCAUCCAUCCGACAUUCGCCUCGGCGUCUUGAGUCUGUAAAUUCAUCACGCCCACCAGUUUCAAACCGUUUUGUGACCACUGAAGGAGUUUGAGAAACUAAUUUAUUAUUUCUAUCCACUGUAUAAAU